AUGACGAGGUGGUCGCUGCUUGUGCUGGCCACCCUCGUCCAAGCCGGUGAGAGGUGCGGGGACGCCAGCAACCUGUGCUAUGCUUGGUCACUGGAAGGUCGCUGCGAUGAUGGCGACUUCUACAAGAAGAGCUGCCCUUUCUCCUGCGGCAUUUGCACGCCUCACUCCUGCUCAGCGGCGAACGCCAGCGAGGCCUUCUGCUCGGUGGAAGAUGAUGCGGAGCAUGCCGCAGCGGGCGGCCUGCAAUGCAACUUCUGGCACCUUCUGGAGGACAGAGGUCCCUUGGACCUGUAUUUCAUCCAUCCUGACCCGGAUGAAGAGCACACACAUGUGGGUCGAUUGGCUCAUGGGGAGGCGGUGUCGCUCCAAACCUACCCGGACCAUGUGUUCCAACUUCGGGAUCCAGGCAAUGAUGAGCUUGUCGCAGUGGUCCGGAUGUUCCCAGACCGAGAUGUCAUUGGCUUUGAUAAGGACUAUCUGGACGCGGUGGCAGGUUGCGUGGAUACGCCGCCUUCGAGCUGGGACGGUGAUUGCCACGAGGAGGCCAGCGCCGGAGGCUGCGUCGCGAAUCCAGGAUGGAUGUCAGUGUUUUGCGCCAAGAGUUGCCACUCCUGCCAUCUUCGCCAUACGGACCGACAUCUCUGCGAUUCUGGUACAAGAAGCUACUAG